AUUUAAACAUUGGCGCGCGCCGUAUGCUUUAAAUGCGGCUACAUAUCGUGAUUAAUCGAUCGCGCACUUGUUCUGACGUCAUACCUCGUGCCUCUGGAGCUUUGAAUGCAAAUGGCGAACCCCUUGUUGGAAAACCAGACGGGGCUGUAAUGUCGCUUGGAGGGGUGCUUGAUACCAAAAAACAUGGCGGCGCCCAUGUUGUAAAACAUGAUCACAUCGAAGAUACCUGUUUACCAUUAACUGAGCAAUAUCUCGUGGCCGGCAGCUUGUCAGAAAACGAAAACAACGUGUGCGACGGAGAAAGGAACCAAGAUGGCGACCAGAAGUUACAUGACAAUGACGAAAAUGGUCUUGGUGAAAAUUUACCAUUUUUGCCCGAGUUGGGAACGGAUUGUCUUGACAGCUAUGACAAUGCCGUCGUCGAGAACAAUACCGAAUGGUUGAAGGCGAGAUGUAAAAACUUCGGGCAGGUUGAGUUUGAUAUAACUCCUCAAACAAGCGGAGAUGAUACUCUUGAUUUUCCAGGAAUUUCUAUAGACAGUAAAGUGAUUCUACAGAAUUGUGAAAGUUUUGAUGCCACUUCCCAUUCUGUUACAAGUGCUGGUGUAAAUUCGUCUAUUAAGAAAAUAUCUGAUAAUAAAUUAAGCAUCCAAGGCAACGGGUAUGCCACUCCUUACCUAUCACUACAGAGUGCCCAGAUUCCUGACACGGACAUUGUUGGUAAUUCUGUUACUUUACCAAGCUCUAUGGAAGCUUCAUUAGAACAUGUAAUAAUGAAUGCCGUAGGGGGACCAAGCACGAUAGAUAUCACCGGUACUGGCAAUGAGAAUUCAUCGUUUGCCGACUUGAAUAUAUUGCAGCAAUCUAAGUUAUUUGUUAAAGAUGGAAUUCUCUCUGUGAUGCCGCAAGAAUGUCAGAUUUUACAGUCUAACGAUGGCAUUACAUUGAAUAGUGACAAUAUUAUACAUGAUAGUUCAACAGAGCCUAGUCCGGAUAACUGUUCAGUUUCACCAAUUCAGAAUGAAAGUAUAACUCUAGACGCAUGUAACAUGCAGAAUGUUGCUAGCUCACAAGGUUUAACUGAAAAUUUAGCAUUAACUACAAUUUCUAUAGCAACGGAUAAAUUGAGCAACCUCACUAAAAUUCUAGUCAAUACAAGUCAGGGUCAACAGAUGUAUCACCUCAAUAUAGCCGAUUUAACUAAAGUACAGAAUGGAAAUACAGUUGUGACGUCCGAGAAACAAGCAACGGCAGUUCAAGCAGCAUCAUUACCUAAUCAAAAUGUGUUGUUGUUGCCAGUACAAGAUGGUGAGAAUAGUGGAAUGUUUUCUAUCACAGCUCCGAAGGAGAUUUCUGCUGGUUCCCCACCUAGCAAAGAGAGUAAAGGCAAGCAGGAAGCCAUGUUUCUGUGCGGAGAAGAGAAUUGUGGGAAAUUAUUUAAAAGUUUGUCAAAGUUACAGGUGCACUCAAUGACUCAUUCAGGAGAAAGACCAUAUAAGUGUUCAGAGCCAGGUUGUGACUGGGCGUUUACAAAGUCGUAUAAACUUAAACGCCAUGAAGAAUCUCAUAAAGGAAAUAAAGAUUUUGUGUGUUCAUACUGCCAUAAAAAAUUUACGACUAUAUAUAAUCUGAAGACUCACGUAAAGCAGCACAGUCGACCGUGCACGGAGGAAUGUCCCGUCGAGGAAUGCGGGCUGAAGUUUCAGACUCGUCGAGAACUUGACAAACAUAUGAAAACUCACGAAGGCAUUGAGAAAACUUACAAAUGUCCCUAUGAAGGAUGCAAUAAACUAUUUUUAUCACCACACUGUCUCGGGUCACAUCCCAGAGUCCAUCAGGCGGAGCCCCAGGACUUGACCUGCCAGUAUGAAGGUUGUGGGCGCAAGUUUGACAAGUUGUGCCGACUUAAACAGCACCAGAGAACUCAUACUGGAGAAAGACCUUACAUCUGUCACUUCUCUGGGUGUAAUUGGGCGUUCUCUACAGCCAGUAAACUUACUCGUCACAUGACCAAACAUACGAAUAAACGUAAGUGGAUUUGUAACGAGUGCGGCAAAGCGUUCCUGAGGGCGGAGCAUCUGAAGGGUCACAUGAUUACACAUACGGGGAUUAAACCGUUUACGUGUCCUGUGGAAGAUUGUGGUCAGAAAUUUGUAUCAAAAAGUAGCGUGUACGUUCAUCUUAAAAAACACGAGAAGGCGAAGUCACUUGACGAGAAAGAUGUAACGUAUCAUUGCCCCAUGGACUCCUGUGAUAAACGAUACAACACGAAGGCAAAAUUACGUCAGCAUAUACUCAAACAUUUUCCCGGUACAAUGAAACCUGAAGACGCCGCUCAUAUUGAUAUUGUACCAUUGUUGAGGAAUCAGCAGACGGACAACACUCCGGAGACAAUUGUCACACCUUCAUCCGUCUCCGUUAAAACUGCUCAGGAUGGCACCAUUAUGACGGUUGAUCCACUUGAGUUUAUGGCAACAACAAUUGAUCCAAAAGACGGCACACCCGUCACCGUACAAAACCAGUUUACGGCGGAACUGACUGCUGAAUUAACAAGUGUAGUGGCUAAUACAGUAGCUGUACAGCCAACCACUACCGAACCAGAGAAAUCCAUACUUAAAAAUAACAAUAAAAAAGAAAGCAGUGAACGAACUGGUUCAGCUAGAACUGAUUACCAUAGCAACAAAUUACUUAGUGAUAGAGCGAAGAAAAGAAGAAAACUUUUACGAGAGAAGGCGGAGGGUAGCUCGGUCUCCGAUGACAUGGCAGCACAGCAGCAGGAUAACAUGAUGUUAGAUAAUUCCAGUUCUAACCAGUUCAGUUCACAUGGUAUCACCUUCCGUGACCCAGAAACUGGUGUUCUCUAUGUACAAAUGCAAUUACUACAGGACGAUCCUCCGCAUCCAGAUCUCUAUACAGAAGACGGUGUUUUGAACGGACAUUUGGACAUGUCACAUGACUCAAGCAACGCAGGUCUAGAUGACGAUCAAGAUCAGAGUUGUUCCGAAUUUGUCGGUUCAACGAUAAACUUACAAGACCUUGUCGGUUGAACCUGUCUGAUUAUGAGAAUAUGAUGAGAACUGCAGUUGGGAAAUCUUUCGUGCUUACAGUUUUGUGCGUACAGGAUGGCUAGAAGACAUUAGUUUGAUACUACUAAUCUAGGGUGUAGUGGUUGUGCGGAGAGACUUGAAAGCUAACCAGUUGGUUGAAUUUUAGUCAUGAACGGGUCUAUAUGUAACUUGUUGUAGAGUUUGGAAAAGCAUUUCUUUUGUUUGCCGUUGAUUGAUAUCAAAGGAAUUAUUUGAAAGUUGAAAUUUAUAAACAUGCUUGAAGUUUGGGUAAAACUUUAAUGAAAAUAAUAAAUGGGGGGAGGGGUUGAGUAGGUACACAGUGUAUAUAGAAAUACAUGUGUUUUGCUAGUAAGAAAAGUUUAACAAAAUUGUUAUGAGACUUAUCAAAUAACUAAUGUCUAAGUCAAGUUAUUAAAGAAGCAUCUUUUGAACAUAUUUUAUGUUAUACAAAAUAUCGCCAAGAUUUUUUUUAUCCAACUAAAAAAGCAUUAGGUCAUUUCUCGUAUUCAAAUUUUGUCCACUGUCACAUUAUCGUUGCUGCGAACUGUUCACUGUUUAACAGUGGGCUUUAUGUUUGUUUCCCCAGUUCCCCACCCAUUUAUAGAAAUUAAUUUAACAUUUUUGUGAUAUGAGAUAUAUUUUGGCACAAUGUUCACACAAAGUUUCAUUUCAUAGUAAAGUAGUUUAGUGGUCAGAUGUUGUUCAGUGGCACAGACAUACAUUAAAGUUGCAUUUAUCAUUUUGUUGAACCAUUCUAGAAAUAAGUACAUUUGAUUGGCUGAGAUAGAGCUCAGAUUUGAAUUUAACCAAUGGCAAGCCUGCAUUUGUUGACUGUUUAACUUUUUUAUUUCUUUUCUUUUUUUCUCAAAGAAAUCAAUAGGUCUUUAUAUAUAUAUUUUUUUUUUUUUGUAAUUUUAAUUUUUUAAUUGUGAAUCUUCAAGGUUGUAAUGUUAAAACUUACUGGAGAAGUUUUUUUGUUUGUUUUUAAGUUCUGUGUAAAAAUGAAAUGCUUGUUUUCAUAAAUGAGGAUGGUUGCUAUGGUAAUAGUGGUGCUAACUUUACCCUCAGCAUUAGAGAAAUAUUUGAAUUUCAGUAUAACUGAUUAUUCUAUAUUUGUUUUGUUUCUUCACCUCAUCCGUACAUUUAAUGUAACUUUUCACGUGCACAUUUCAUAUUUCCAUAUAAAGUUUUCCCAUAUUUU